CACACCAUCAGCAUCAUGAAGGAGCUGUUCCAGUUGGCUACUUCGCUCAUCUGCCUUCUAACUGUCCUGAAGAUCCCAGCACGAGCGAUGAAAGUUUCUCAACCUGAAAAAAUCAUUGUUGGAAGCCACAACAUCACUCUUAAAUGCAAGUACGACAUCACAGGAGACAGGGAAGCCCAGACGUUCCGGGUCACCAUUUACAGAGAAAAGCCAGAGAAGGGAAAUGAAGUUUGCUCUGCCUCCUUUAACCACACCAUGGAGCUCUUCGAGAUGAGAGGUGCCUUGCACUGCAAGGGCCAGCCAGAUAGAGGCAGCGUAUCGGUAACGUUCAUUGGCAUGAACAAGUCAGACAGUGACUGGUAUUUCUGCAGAGUGGAGAAACUGUAUCCACUGCCCUACACCGAGGACACUGGGAAUGGGUCCUGGAUUUUCAUCAAGCCGGAUGUGGUUGAGACGAAGCGGUGUGCUCAAGUCACUCAGGCCACCCUAAUCAUCCUCACGCUCACUGGCAUCUUCCUGUUAUACAGUGUCGUCAUCACCUAUCUGCACUGGCCUCUUGGCGCCACCGCUUGCAUUCUCGGGAUGAAGGAGGCGGUUGACAUGAAAUGUGAACUGAUUCACAAUUCUGACGAACCCGCUACUGCUACGUGGAAUGGCCAGCGCUGGGAGACAGGCCCGAGGCAAGGCAAAUGUUGAAAAAAAACCAAGAGGAACAGAACAAUGAAUACGUAAACAUGGAACCUUCCAAACAUGCCUCUGGUAGAAAACGAAGAGUGCAGUCUGACUAUCGCACAUAAACCCAACGCCGUGUAUAUCGCCCACCAAGAAUGUAUCUGAGACUUCUCCUGAGGAGAACAGUGCAACCCAGCAGGGUCCCUGAUGAAACACUCCCCUCUGCUUCCUUCCCAUCUCUUGGCUUGAUAAGAAAACCAAAAGGACCUUGGCUGCUAGUUUAACUCUCUCUGUGUUUGUCAAACAAUGGAAGUUAGGAUCGAACAUGGAGACCAAGGUGCAGUGUAAUCCCAGCAACAGCUCCAUCACAUUGAAGGAGGGAGAAUGGGAAAAUCCUGCCAGAGGCAAGGCUCCCAUCAGGCUCUUCCAUAUCAUAAACAAACUCCAGCCUGUUUUAUUCUCUCAGUACAAGUGUCGGUACUUUGUUGCUGUGGCAGCCCUGUUGCAAGAAGGUGAAUGUCUGGCUUUAUUCCACUUCUUUCCACUUCUCCCUUUCCUACCCCUCCCUCCACAUGCCAAUCUACCAUCUAGUGGUGACCUGGUGGGAGGAUGGUCUCCAGGACCCAGACAUCUCCACCCAGUUACCACACAGGUGAGGAGAUUUUUCAUCUUCUUCCCUCCCUCUCUUGCAUAUUCUGAACUUAAGGGAAUACCGGCUGUUUCUGUAACCCCCUUCCACCCCCCCCCCAUGUCAUUCAACCAGCCUGUGCUGCAGCCACACCAAUCCCAGUGCAACCCUCCUUAUGUACAGUGCUCAGAACUGAGAGUGCUCAGAGUUUUAUACACAAGUGCCAUCAUUGUUUGAGCCUGCUGUACCAUUCAUUGAAGUCGUAGCUAAUCUUCAACCUCAGCACCUUCCCUCAAUUUCCUAGAUGGCUCCCCCUUUGUACUCCAGCCCCUUCAGGUAAAGACCAACAACAUUGGAUUGGUUUUUAUAUCUGUUUCAUGACAUUUUACAAAUUGUGUACUUGGAAUUUCCAAAGCCUUUUCUCCUAGUUUUUCACCAUCUGGAGAAUAUCCUAACUGACCACCCAAGUCUAAAGUGGAGGGGAGCCACAGUGAAUACUCAGCACCACAUACAUUGAAAUGCUGUAACUGCACUGCGCGGCUCACUGUGGUACAACAGUACUCAGGAUCCUGAGGGAUGAAGGCUGACCUACCACAGGGCACUGAUCACCUGUGGAAAUGUACCUCAUAAGAGCCAAUGCUCUCAGGAGAUACAGUUCAAUGGAAGCAGAAAAAAACUACAAUUAAAAUAUAUUCCCGUGAAGACCAUUAGAUCAUAGAACAGUACAACAUGGGAACAGGCCCUUCAGCCCACGAUGUUGUGCCGAACUAAACUAAUCUCUCCUACCUGCACAAUGUCCAUAUCCCUCCAUUCUCUGCAUAUUCAUGUGCCUACCUAAGCACCUCUACCAUAUCUGCCUCCACCACCACCCCUGGCAGCGCAUCCAGGCAUCCACCACUCUUAUGUAAAAAACCUGCCCCGCACAUCUCCUUUGAACUUACCCCCUCUCAUCUUAAAUGCAUACCCUCUAGUACUAGAAUUUUUGACCCUGGGAAAAAGAUACCGGCUGUCUAUGCCUCUCAUAAUAUUAUAAACCUCUAUCAGGUCUCCCCUCAGUCUCCACCACUCCAGAGAAAACAACCCAAGUUUGUCCAACCUCUCCUUAUAGUACAUGCCCUCUAAUCCAGGCAGCGUCCUGGUAAACCUUGUGCAAUUUAUUGAAAUGUGGCCUCUGCCAUACUAGUGAAGCUCUUGAGUUCUCUGCUCCAGAGGGUGGUGGAGGCCAGAUCAUUAGAUGUAUUUAAUGUGAAAGUGGAUAACUAUUUGAAAGAGUGAGGAACUGAGCGCUAUGGAGAACUGGCACAUAAGAGGAGUUUGGACCUGCAUAGAUCAGCCACAAUUAGAUUGAAUGCUGGAGAAGGCUUAAGGGGCCUGGUUGUCCACUCCUGCUCCUAUCUCAUAUGACAGUACACCCAGAUACAGCCACUAGUGCAGGAACAUAAUGGCAAAUGCUAAAUAUGCAGAUACUGAAAAUCUGACAUAUAAACAGACAAUGCUGGAAACACUCAGCUGGUCAGGCAGCAUGUGUAGAGAGAGAAACAAUGUUUUAAGUCGAUAAGCUCUCAUCAGGGUGCAACCAGGAUGAGCUUGUGUUUUGCUUGACUUCAGGUUCAAACUGCAUUAAUAUAUCCACCAUCCGUGUGACACCUUGCAUGCACACGGAGUGCGUGCUUCUGCAGGCAGAGCUAUCUGUUGUGUCUAUAACUGUGUCAGCGAAUCCAGAUUCUCCUUUUGUUUUUCUUAGUCCUGUGACCUUCCGACAACAUGUGUGUAUAUAGCUACGAGUGACAUGACAAAACCUGAGAAGUUAUUUUUAAAAAUCCUUCUAAACUAUAUAAAGCAUUAGCUGUCUGUAAAUACAGGAACAAUUGUGCAGUAUAUUUGCUUAGAAAUGGUCCACUUCUUAUAACGUUUUAUGACAAAGACACUGUUGCCUGAAUGCUCACCGCUGAGUGGCAGUCACUGCUCCUCAUCCCAGUGUACAGAUUGCCUCAAGCAACCAAACCUGAUGAUCUGCCUACCACAAAACGGAUUGUGCAGAGGGAACUUCUCAGAUAAUCAGGCAGCAAGAACAGGUCCUUACUCAGAGAGUGCAGGAGAAUUCCACUACAACAGCCUCACGCCGGACAGAAGGAAAGUUAUGAAGACCAGCUUCAGGACGACCCAACCCACAGAAAGCCAAUCCAACAAGGGCUUUCUCCGCCACUAUUGUUGAUGUGUGUAAAUUGUCUGCUCUUUUCUGCAGCUAAAACACCCAGUUUGCUGUCGACAUGUUUACAUAUGAAUUGCAAACUUUAGACAUCAUUUUCUCCACAUUCUAACA